GACAACUUUUAGAAAAAAGUAAAAACGCAUCUAUAAAAGCAGCAACUAAUGAUUUCCAUAUUCAUUUCGUAUACUUAGCACACAAAAGUUGUCAUGUGGCCUAAAGUCACGCUAGCCGCACUGGUAUUUGUUAUUGUUGUACUAGUUACCGUUAGGGCGCAAAAUGAUGGUCGCUACCGCGCCCCAAUUGUACCUGCCGUAGCACGUGCUCGUUCUCGUCCCACCGCCAAUGCCAGAGGUAGUGAUUCCAGUGACGGUCGCUAUCGCCCUAGUGGCGAUGGACGCUACCGAGGUGGCAAUGAUGGCAAAUAUGUUCAUGUAGAUGUUCCAUAUGUGCACGACGAUCGGACCGGUGGGCAGUACGAAGGAGGUAAGGACAGUUUUGGACCCGGGGGACCCGGCGGAGGUGGAGCGGGUGCGUCUGGUGGAGCGGGCGGUGCGGGUAGCGGUGUGAGUAGCGGUGCUAGUGGUGGAGCAAAUGGCGCAGGGUUAACAGCCAUAACAACUACACCAAGACCUGCGCCCAAACCGGCUGUUGUGGAUAUAGCAGCAACAUUACCAAAGGGUACGGGAACUGGUGAGGGAGGUAACGGCUGGCGCAUCCUGCAACUCUUCGAUAAAGAAGAACAAGACGGCUACCAUUACAUAUAUGAAACGGAAAAUGGCAUUUUGGCGGAGGAAAAUGGGCGCAUCGAAAAAUUAGCGCCGGAAGCCGAUGGUUUGCGAUCUUCCGGUUUUUAUGAGUACACAGGCGAUGAUGGCGUGCUCUACCGUGUCGAUUAUGUGGCUGAUGAUAACGGUUUCAUACCAAAAGGUGCACAUUUGCCCACUCCACCGCCGUACGUGGCUAAAUUGUUGGCAUACUUGGCAGCAAAUGCUAAGGAGUAGUGUAUUUUUGUAUUUAAGUUUAUUUUACAUGCAGAAGUAUCAAUGUUAGCAUUUUAUUUAAAUAAAAUAAGAAAUUCAAGAAGAAGAAUGGGAAUACGAAUCUUUACCAGGUUUUAUACACAAAGCACUAGUGUAAAAUACGCCGAGUUUUGUGGCCUUAAAAUGAAGUCUGAUGAGGAAUAUUGAAUACUCGCAACUACUAAAAUAUUUAGAGGUUGUAAUUUUUGGAAUUAGUUAUUCACUUUUAAAUUCAUUUUAAAACUCGACACAUACAAUAAUAUUCAAAUACGCAUAUUUGGUAUGAUUGGAGAAUAUAAUACAGAUAUAUAAAGUGCAGAUCAUUAAUUCUUCAUUGAAUUUGGUGGUAAAUACGAACGACAACAAAAUUUAAUUUAAGAUUUAACAGAAACACGAUUGAACAAAUGUUUUCAGCACUCUCAAAGUAAAUAUGGAUUCAUACAACGAUCUGCAAUGUUAUGGGGUAUAGAACAACAGUGCACUAAUUUUAAUGGAGAAAUAAAUAAUUACGCAAAGAGAAAGCAGUUGAAUUGCUUCGUGUUAAUAUUAAGGUUAAGUGAAUGUUAUCGAGAUCUUUUAUUCUACUCUGCGUCAGUGCUAUAAAAUUUUCGUUCUCUUUUCUCACACUGUGGUACUGAACAGGCAAUGUGUGGCACGUUCCAUCCUCAACCUAAACUAAUUUUUGUUUAUCUGUACUCACAAGUACAAAAUGCAUAUUAUACGAAAUCUUUAAUUGUUAAAAGAAAUGGAAAUAAAUCGUUCUAUAAGCUUUGGGAGCAA